GCUGGAUGUGUUUGAAGGUCCAGAAAAGGUUUGGUCUGGUUUAUCACAGGACGGUGAACAAAUCUGCAGCGUCAUCAGUUUCACCAGAUGAGCUCAGGAACCAGCCGAACCUGAGCACCGUUGGUCAGUGACCUCCAGUUUCAGCUUCUGGAGCCUCAGAAGCGGAUCAAUAAAAGCAGCGAUCGUUCAGAAAAAGGUCUCCCAUCGUACUCAUCAUGGCUGCGCAGCCCUCUGACUUGGAGCCGACCGGUUUCCUGCUCCGGUCCCGCUGUGUGAACGUCACGCUCAGUUUCGCGGUGGCCUACGCCUACACCGGGGUCAGGCUCCUCCUGCUGCUSCCCAGCUCCGUCUUCAUCCUCUACCUGGGCCAGCAGCAGUGGCGGCGGCGCRCCGCCAAGCCGCAGAGCCACCUGGACGUCUUCACCUUCCACCUGGCCGUCCUGGAGCUGCUCUGGGGUUUGGGGACCGGCCUGUUCUACGGCGCCCUGCGCCUGCCAGCCGUCAGCCUGGCCGGCUUGUAUCUCAUGAACAUCAUGUUUGUCGGAGAGACGCUGUUCCACGUUUUCACCUGUUUGGACCGGUACCUGGCCGUGGUUCAUCCGGUCGCUUAUAAGAAACUCCAGAGUACCCACGGAGUGACGGUCAGAAACGCCUGCGCUUYGCUCACUUGGCUCUUCUCCUUUCUGUGGAGUCAUCUGACGCAGGCCUACUACCCUAAACUACCCAUCAUCCAGUUCUUCUGCUUCCUGGUCUUCUCCUUGGUCAUGGUCUCCUUCUGCAGCUUUUCGGUCCUCCGUGCUCUGAUUCGCCCCGGGCCGGGCGGCAGAGAGCGAGACAGGAAGCACGUCGACCAGAUGAAGCAUCGGGCUUUCUGCACCGUCACGGCCAUCACAGGCGUGCUCUGCUUCUGGUUCCUGGGCUUCAUGGUCGCCACGUCGCUCCGGGAGUCCAACGUGUUCAGCACCGCAGUCAGCUGCCUGCUGCACAAGUCCACGCACUGGUUCAGCCUGCCCAGCAGUCUGGUGCUGCAGCUGCUCUUCCUGCACAAGAAGGGCAAGUUCAGCUGCCAGAACUGAGGAAGAGCCUGAUCUGGUGGACGUCUGGGUUUGAUCAUGGGGUAAAAACCAUCUGCUGAUUUCUGUCUGGUUAUUAUUAGGAGAGGAAACUGAGCUGAUAUGUAUGAAUUAUGCUUUUUUAAAAGAAUAAUUGGGUUAUUUGUAUUGUGAAUGACAUGGAUUAACCUUUAUAUAACCUGCAGUCCUACAUACAGCAUCAAUUCAGAAAAUAAUUAAGCAGUAUGAGAAUUUAAACCAGAGUUUUAAUUUGAAAGGUCAGCAGUUCCUCACCAAAUCCAAACUUCAUAAUCCAAAAUGGCGGCCUUGUUCACU